UCAACUCUCUUUCCCUUCAUCUCUAUCUCUCUAAAUCUCUCAUAAUUUCUCCAACAAACUCAUAAGAUCAAACUCCAUUUCCUUCAAUUUAUCAUUUCGACCUUCUCAUUUCCUAAAAUUCUUUCGAUUUUAAUUGUUUAUGCUUGAAGAUUCCUUCAGCAGUACAUCCCUGGAGAAUGCUAUCUGACGUGGAACUAACUGGGACCGCAGUAUCGUCUGCCAGAGAACUUCUUCCGAUGGAAAUUAAUCUUGCGAAAGACAUUGAAAGCAGGGUGAUUAGUCGUCCCAGGACUAUUGAGCACGAGUUUUGGCCACUGGAGGAAGUAGAUCCUAAGAAGGCAAUAUUUCCAUGUUGUGUCGUCUGGACACCUCUGCCCAUCGUCUCAUGGUUAGCGCCUUUUAUAGGACAUGUUGGGAUCUGCAAGGAGGAUGGCACCAUCAUAGAUUUCUCCGGCUCCAACCUCAUCAAUGUCAACAACUUUGCAUUUGGUCCUGUUGCCAGAUACCUUCAACUGGAUCGAGAGAAGUGCUGCUUCCCUCCCAACCUCGCGGAACACAGAUGCAAGCACCGGUACGUGCACGCGGAAUUUGGGACGGCAAUGACAUGGGACGAUGCUAUCCAGACCAGCGGACGCCACAUUGAGAACAGGUCCUAUAACAUCUUCACCUGCAACUGCCACUCGUUUGUCGCAGACUUCCUGAAUCGGGUCAGCUACGAGGGCUCAAUGAGCUGGAACAUGGUCAAUGUGGCGGCUCUCGUUCUGGCCAAGGGGAGGUGGGUCAACGGCCUCUCGGUGCUGAGAUCUUUCAUGCCGUUUCUGGCGGUGCUCAGCAUGGGUCUAUAUGCGGUUGGAUGGCAAUUUGUAAUAGCUCUCCUUUCCUUCUCUUUCCUACUUCUGGUAUGGUUUUUGUUGAGUAAUUAUGUUUUUAAGAACAUGUCAGAUUGUUAGAUGAUGUUCAUACUCUUUUGGUAGACUGAAUAUUAAAGUUUUAUACAUACAUUAACUACAUGUUUUGUUAGAUA